AUGGAGACCCUAGACAAAGCCUGGCAUACAGCCGCAGACACGCUGAGGAACGAGCUCUCGCAUCUGCAGUCCGCUGAGCGCCAAUGGAUCAACCAGAACGGCACCGAGCCUAUGGCCGGCGUCCAGGGCAAAGGAACCAUCACCGACCCCUAUGAUGGCGGCAACCGGGAUGUCCAACCGGGUGCGCCCAAGGGCAACCAGAACACCGGCCGGUCCGUGGACUUGAGUUCUGCCGGCGCUGGAAGCACUCUCUAUGGAAAGACCACCAUGGAGCAGUCCUACACCUCCUACAAGACCGGCGGUACAGGUGGCGGCAUCCCAGAGCAACGCUCCUCCCAUAUCACAGCCACCCACACUUCCAGGCCGAGUGACGCAGCCCAGGGGUCGGGUAUGGGCUCGGGGUACUCCUCGCUGUCGUCUAAGGCCGAUGACUCGUCCGCCAUGCAGGGUUCCGGCAUGGGACAGGGUCUGGGUGGAACGAGCCGGUCUGGUAUUAGCCAGGGCUCAGGCGCGGCCGCCGGAGGCAGUGGUAUGAAGAGUACCCUCGCCCAUGGAUCGGGUUCGGGAUCUGGAUCAGGAUCAGGGUUUCAGGCGCACCAGCUGUCCACCGACAGGGGUCAGGGAUACAACCGCUCUGGUAUGAAAGACACAAUACACGGCUCCGGGGUCACCCACGCGUAUGAACGAGCCGGCUUGGGCGAGAUGGGCCAGAAGGCGGGCCUUGGUGAUUACACCAUCUCUGGAGAGAGGCCGGGUGGUAUGGAUACGUCGCAUCAUACUUCUGGGAUGAUGGGAUCGUCCGGUCUUCGAGAAACAGCGGGGACUAGCAGAUCUACUGGGUUUGAUAAUGCUUCAGGAACUAAUACUGUCCGUGGAUACAACCUCAGUUCUACCACUAAACCUAGUGGUCUUCAGAAGAGCUACGACCAAACCUCAGGCAUGAUGGGCUCGACUCGUGACUCUGGAUUGAAGGACAGCACCCAUUCCCAUAUCGGCGGCUCUACCAUCAAAUCUAGUGAUCUCGGUCAGAGCUCUGGUGCGACGGACACCACUCGCGGGUCUGGCUUGACAGACAACAGCCAGGGACUCAAAAAGUCCGGCAUCGGCAGUACUGCAAUCAAACCUAGUGGUCCCGAUAGCAGCUAUCAUCAGAGCUCAGGCAUGACAGGCUCAACCCGCGACACCACCCUCCGCGAUACUACUCAUGGACAGUCCAAGCAUUCCGGCCUUGCUGGUUCUACCACCACAUCUAAGCCAAGCGGCACCAGCAAGACGCACAGAGGUUCCGACAUGACCGGAAAAUCUCACGACAGCACAACCCGCGACUUUGGUGCCCAGGGCUACGGCAAACCCGACAUGCAAGGCGCAACCACUACUAAAACCUUUGAAGACGACUUGGCAAACCGAGGAUCAGGCGUCACUAGCACUUCUCGCGAUCUAGGACGGUCCCAGGGAUACGACAAAAUUUCCACGGGACAGACUGCUAUGGGAGAUAAGGCGCGGUCAUCUGGAUUGAAAGACACCACCACCUCCUCCACCCAUCAAACCGGAUAUCAGGGUUCGGAUAUGACUAGUGGCACCCAUGACUCGCGAUACCAUGGUGCUGGUAUGACCGGUGCUACUGGUGCUACUGGUGCUACUGGGCUUGCUCAGGGUUACGACAGGUCUGGAACGACUGACAUGUCCAGUACCACCCGUGACAUCAAGCCUACAUCUGGAUACAAUAAGUCUUCAAGUCAAAUGCCGGAGUCUGGAGAUCUAUCUCGGAAGUCAGGAAUGAGAGACGCUGCGAAAUCCAGCGGGCCUACCUACGGAAACCGGGGUUCGGGCAUGACCGACGCAGCUCGCAGCGCAGGAACGUCUGGCAUGUCAAGUGCCGAUACGGAGCAUAUCGCCGUGAGCGACAUCGCUAAGAAGGCCGGUCUUGGAGCAGCUGCCACCGGGUUGGCAGCUGGUGCGGGCUCAGCCAUAGCUGGAAAGUCCACUGGAUCGGGAAUGAAACAAGGCUACCAGAAGUCUGGUGCUGGUCAAACGUCCAGUACAGAUGACAUUGAUGCUAAGAGAUCCGGUAUUGUGGAACCUACACCCUCGCGCUCUGAUCUCGAUUCCGGCUACCAAGGCUCAAGAAAUCAAGGCUCCGGCGGCACCGCUGAUAGGGAGAUGGGGCAGAAGUCCACUCUCGGUGAAACCAACACUAGAGGAACGGACACGGGCUACCAGGGUGCCGGCAUGGCUGGAACUACUCGUGACUCAAACGUCGCGCAAGGCUCCCAGGGAUAUAACGCAGGAGUCAUGGGCCAGAAGUCGACCCAUGGAGGCACGACUGGCGUGGAGUCAAUGGGUGCUGGCUCUGGAUAUCAGAAUGUCGGCACCACAGGAACCACCGGUGACUCGAGCCUGUCACAGGGGUAUUCGAGAUCCGGCAUGGGAGAAACCGAUCAGAAGAACCUUGGUGAGCUCGACACAUCUGGUCUCGGCCAGAAGUCUCAAGACGCAGACGUGAAAGAUACUACCUCCGGUUCUCCUUCAGGACGGAAGCCCAGCCUGAUCCAGAAAGCCAAGAAAAAGAUUGGUCUUGGAAGCAGCGACGAGAAGUCCUCCACCACGGGGGACACUGCCAAGUCCGGUCUCGAUGAGGGAUAUGAAAAGUCCGGCCUGAAGGAUCAGCCUGGCGUCGACCAAGCGUAUCAGAAAGCCGGGCUUGGAGACAAAGCCAAGUCUGGUAUUGACGGAAGGUACCGGGGUCAAGGAGUCGGCACGCAAGAGGCAACCGACGUAUCUCCUACUAGCCGCGAUAUGCCUCAGUCAGGCCUUGGAAAGACAAGCCAGGAAUACGGUCGAUCUGGACAUGGUACGGCUGAAGGUGUCGGCCUCGCAGGUGCGGGUGUUGCAGGUGCCGGCGCUGGUCUUGCAGGUACUUCCAAGUCGACCACGAGCCAGGGUUACCAGAGCUCCGGAAUGCGGGACACCUCCCGCGACGCAGGUAUCACUGAUACUUCACGUUCCGGCACGGGACAGACUUAUCAGUCAUCUGGAACGGGCAUUGCCGACUCCACUACACGCACUAUGCCCGGAAGCUAUGACAGCUACGGGACGAUGGACACCUCUCAGGGAACCGGGCUCACAGACACGUCUCGCUCUGGUGAAGGCUAUGGAUACAAGAGUUCCGGAAUUAGAGACACUACGACAUCUGGCCUCGCCGAUACAACCAAGUCUGGUCUGAAUCGGGAACAUCAAAGCCCUGAAAUCGUGGUGCCGGCUAUUGGAGGUAGCAUGGGCUCUACUAUCACUGAAGAAGAGGAGCCCGCGUCCCGAGAGAUUAGAGUCCCCAGCACAAUCACCACUCCAAGACACCGGCGGAAGUCUCGCGUCUAUUCCGACACGAGGUCGGGCCCAGGUCGGGCUCCUCACGCGUCCGGUAUUGAGAGUAGCAUCGGAUCUGGUUUUACUGCCAACCAGGAAUACUCCAAGUCAGGUGUCAACCAGGGCCACAUGCAAUCGGGUCUCGGUCAAAGCGCUGGCACUGGCACCGGACAAUCAGCCACUAGCCCAGGAGUCGGUAGCGCGACUGAUCGUAGCUUGAGCGAGAAAUAUCAAACCUCGAACCUUGAUAGGGCAUCUGGCUCAGCUAUGGAUGAAGGAUACAAGGAGUCAGGCAUCGCCCGAGGCUACAACCAGUCAGGUGUUGGAGCAACUACUGGAACUGGUUUGGGUCAAGGAUACAAGCCCUCCGAACUCAGCCAAGCGUCUGGAUCUACUAUGGGCCACCCAUGCCCGACGUGUGGAAUGACUCGGGGUUCCAGCCAGCCAGACACUGGUAUAAUGUCUAGAACCGACAAGGACAAAAACUACGGACAGUCCUACAUCGGCGAGACCGCAAGAUCUGGCGUCGACGCCAGACACGAGAGAUCGGACCGCCAAGGCACCAUUAUGUCUAGCAUGGACCAGACACACCAGAGACCGGAUAUCAGCCAGUCAGUUCAAUCGGGCACAAACAAGGCCUACCAAGGCUCCGCCGCGGAGCCCCGGUAUCAACAGACUGGCCCCGGGGUCACAUCAUCAUCCGGCAUGGGCUCCAGUCAGGGAUAUCAGAGGUCAACCGGUAUGGGCGAGUCUACCGAACCUGGAAUGCAUCAACUCAACCAAGAUUACCAGCAGUCAGGGCUCGGGCAGACCACCAGAUCUGGUAUGGACCAGGGUUACCAGAAGUCCGGCUCUGGCCCGACCCAAACCGCUGGCACGGGCACCGGUCAGAGCUCCCUUGGUUCUGGUACCACUGGGCAGGGCUACCAAACAACCAGCCAGGGCGGCAUGAACGAACAGCGAAGCCAGGACUACUCGGCGGGUGAUUCCAGCCGCCAGAGCAAGAACACGACCACAGCCGGAGGAUCCAAGGUCAGCCAGGAAGCGCUCAAGGGUCCGCAGUGUCCAGCGCGGGAUCCGUACGACUUUGAAAAGGCCAUCGAUAACCCUCGACAGAAGAGUCAUUCGGCGGCGUCUCCGUCCGGUAAGUACUAA